AUGGCAGAAAAAUUUGAAGAAAAAGCUGAGUCUCUACUGAAUCUAGAUGAUCUCUUACAAUGUCCAGUGUGCUAUGAAAUACCAACAGCCCAAAUAUUUCAAUGUAAUGAAGGCCACCAUGUCUGUGGUCGGUGCAAGAUGCGUUUGGAUGUAUGCCCAGUCUGCAGAGCUUUCUUUUUUGGUACCCGAAAUUAUGCUAUGGAAGAGCUGAUAGCGAACUUUAACAAACUGAAAAGUUUCAAGUCUAGAUUACAGUCUGGAGGAUCUGGGUCUUCAGAAAGUAGUAGUACACCAGUUGUUGAAGCUGAAGAAGAAGAGGAGAAUCAUAUUGAAGAGGAAGAUACAAAUUCAAAUGUUUCAACGCAAUCUAGACAAGCACCCCCUCCAGCAUGCAAAGGGCUAUUUCGCUGUCUCUGUUGCAAAAAUGGAAGUGUACAUCGUUUACCUUCAGGCAGACUUCUGAAUCACCUUCGUUACUAUCACCGUCCUGAUCUCAUUGAGGGUCAUACAGAAAAUGAUGAGUACCUUCAAGCGUGGCAGUUUCCCACUGUAGCUGGUAAGCUGGUAACAGCCGUUCGAAUUGUAGAAAUGGGUGUAUUCUUUUUAACUAUUGAAAUUGUGGAAAACACAUCUUUGCAUGCUUGGUUGACAAUGGCCUCUUCCCCAUGGGUUGCUCAUGGCUUCAUUUACAGUGUUACCAUAUCCGGUAAUGAUCGCGAAGCUAUAUUCUCUGACUGUGUAUGGUCAGUCAGAUCGUGUGAAGGCUCACUAAAGAAACGCGGACACUGUCUAGCUGUAACGGGUACAGACGCUCAUGCUCUGCUUUCACCAGCCGCGAUAAGCGGAAAGCUCUCUGUAAGGCGGUUGCCCAUAGACCAGCUGUCCAAUCCGCAACACCCUCGCGCCGUACUCAGAGUAGCUAACCGAAGGAACUCCUUGGCGUCAGACAACGCCUACCUAGAACCCUUUCUGCAAGGCCUGCAAAAUGACGUUGCGCGACUCACUCGCGCCUUUGUAACUCUUAGCCGAGAAGCAAACUUUUGGCCAACAGAUGACGCACACGAUAGGAAUGCAAACCCAGAACCAGCUAGCGACAGAACAGAGAACGACGUUCUCGCGACUGAAACAGCAACAAAUACAACACAACCUUUAUCGAGAAGCGCUCGACGUCGUAUGCGCAAUCGGUUGCGAACUGCACUAGACGCACCGCAAACUCCCGGGGAGACAGCGCGGUCUCGCGCACUUAGCUACCAGCAAAUGAAUGAUGGUCCUGAAAGCCCUGUUCUGGUUAGGACAGCCUUCACCAGAGCCCAGGAGGCACCUGCUCCUCCCAUACCACCGCCUACUCCCGCGUCCUCCUCUAGUGGCCCUUCCAACGGGCAGCCCCAAUCUGCCAAUAGACCUAAUAAGAAGAAACGUCGACACCGUAGAUAA